AUGGAUGAAAUAAGUGGACCAAGGUUAUCGAAUUAUAAGCAUAGCUACAGCCAGCUCAAUAGAAAUGAGCGUGGAGUGAUAACCAUUAAGGAACUGGGAGCCAUGAUCCGAUCUCUGGGUGAGAAUCCCACGGAAAGGGAACUUGAGGACAUCCUUAAGACCUCCGAUGUGGAUGGCAAUGGCGAGAUAGACUUUAAAGAUUACUGCUUUGUAAUGGCGCGUUUUGAAAAUCAAGAAGAGCGUGAGAUGUGUCAGUUAUUUAAAAUGUUCGACAGGGAUUGCGAUGGUCUUAUCACCGAAAGUGAACUGAUUCAGUUAAUACAGAUCACUGACUUUCAGGCGGACAAGAAGAUCAUUAUGCACAUGCUCAGAGAAAGGCAUUCCAAUGGUGAUGGCUUGAUAAGUUUCACCGAGUUCAGGGAUAUGAUUAGAAGGACCUUUGGCUAA